AUGGAUAAAAGUUGGAUGACAAUGGGUAAGACACCCGAUGGCAGAUUAAGUCAUCCAUAUAUUGAAGGGGUGAAUGCAUUUAUUAAUUCUGCAAGAGCGGUUGUGGACUUGAGUGGUAAUAUUCCGUGCCCAUGUAUCCACUGUGUGAAUUGCUAUCGACAAUCUCCUCAAAUUGUGCGUAUCCAUUUGCUUCAUCGUGGAAUUAUGCAAUCUUACAUUAAUUGGUAUAAUCAUAGAGAACCUCGUGUAUUGAACGAGAAUAUUCAUGAUAAUGAAAUGUCGAAUGGUGAUCAUAUGGAUGGUAUCGAUGCCUUGGUAGAUGACCGAAUUAGAGGGGAACCAAGAAAUGCAACCAAAGAUGAGGAGGUGCGUCAUUUUGACAAACUUGAGGAAGAUGCAAAACGUGAGUUGUAUCCGGGUUGCACUGAUUAUAGUAUCCUGAAGUUUGUUAUUGAGAUGUUGAAUGUAAAGGUAAUGAUCAACUUGAGUAAUAAGGGACUUGAUAUGAUGCUAGAAUUGCUGACAAAAGUUUUACUGAAAGGUAACUUGGUUCCAAGGUCAACUUAUGAAGCAAAGAAGAUAUUACGUGAUUUGGGCAUGUCAUACGAGCAUAUAGAUGCAUGCAAAAAUGAUUGUGCAUUAUUUUGGAAGGAAAAUGAAAAUCUUGAUAAAUGUCCAGUGUGUGAGGUGCCUAGGUACAAAGAUACACGUACUCAAGAUAAGAAAAUUCCUCAUAAAGUAUUGCGUUACUUUCCGUUGACACCAAGAUUGAGGAGAUUGUACAUGUCAGGCCAAAGAGCUAAGGACAUGAGAUGGUAUAUGGACAAACGUGUGGACGAUGGGAUAAUGAGGCAUCUGGCUGAUAGUGAGGAGUGGAAGGAAUUUGAUAUGCAACAUCCUGAUUUUGCCCUCAAACCUCGCAAUGUAAGGUUAGGGUUGGCUACAGAUGGAUUUAAUCAUUUUGGGAAUAUGAACAAUAAUUAUAGUAUGUGGCCUGUAAUACUUAUCUCCUAUAAUCUACCGCAUUGGUUGGUUAUGAAGGAGCCAUAUUUUAUGUUGUCCUUACUUAUUCUCGGUUCCCAUCAACUGGGGAAUGAUAUUGAUAUUUAUUUGAAAACAUUGGUUGAUGAGUUGAAGGAGUUGUGGGAAGAAGGUGUAGAAACUUAUGAUGCUUAUAGUAAAGAGCAUUUUCAGAUGCGUGCAACUUUGUUGUGGACAAUACAUGACUAUCCUGGAUUUGGUAACAUAUUCGGGUGGAGGACAAAGGAUUAUCAUUCUUGUUACACUUGCAAUGAUCAACCAUAUUCAGAAGUUUUGGAAAGUAAAAUUAGAUUCAUUAAUCAUCGAGCUUAUUUACCUAUGGAACAUCGUUGGAGACAUAGUCGGUUGCAUAAUGGUUUACCGGAGAAACGGAAGAGAUUUUUAGAGUUACAAGUGGGAAAGAUACAAGAGCAGCUAGAUAGAAUGCCAAAUAUAAUUUUAGGAAAGCAUCCAAGUAACAAGAAGAGACAACUCAUUGGGGAGCCAAAUUGGUCAAAGGUAAGUAUUUUGUACAAGCUUCCAUAUUGGAAAAAUAAGAAGUUUAAGCACAACAUUGAUGUCAUGCAUGUGGAGAAGAACAUUAGUGAGAGUACUUAUGGUACUUUGUUGGGCAUUGAGAGGAAAAAUAAGGACACUGACAAGGCACGGAUAGACUUACAAAAUAUGAAUUUCAGGCACACGUUGCAUUUGAAACAACGUCCUGAUGGAUCAUAUGACAAGCCUCGGGCUUUCUUUUCAUUAAGCCCCAAUGAAAGAGAUGGUUUUUAUGACUUUUUGAAAUCAGUCAAGUAUCUGGAUGGCUAUACAGCCAACAUAUCAAGGUCAGUGAAUGCAAAAAAUAGUAGAUUAUCUGGCAACUUCUUCCAAGACUUAUGCUCAAGGACCCUAAAGCGGAGUGAAUUGGAGAAACUAGAAGAACGUAUAGUUCUUAUACUAUGCAAGCUUGAGAGGUUCUUGCCUCCAGCAUUCUUUGAUGUUAUGGUCCACCUUGCUGUUCACUUGCCUCGAGAAACAAUUCUAGGAGGCCCGGUACAAUAUCGGUGGAUGUAUCCAAUUGAAAGGUAUCUUGGAAAAUUGAAAAGAUACGUUUCCAAUCGAGCUCGACCAGAAGGUUCGAUUGCAGAGGCUUACAUUCUUAAAGAAUGUAUUAACAACUGGUCUUUGUAUAUUGAUGGGAUCGAAACUGUUCAUAAUCGAAGAGAAAGAAAUGAAGAUUUUGGUGAAUCUAGCGAAGGAUUGAUAGUUUUUUCACAGACUGCCCGACCUACAGGUGGUAGGCGAAAUGAUGGCGACUUCUCUCGUGCAUUACUUGAUAUUGCUCAUUGCGAAUACAAAAGCACAUUGCAUAAUCCUACUAGAGAAGCCAUAACUCAAAUCCAACGACAAGAGUUUCCCAAGUGGUUUAGAGAACGUAUGAAUAGAUUGAAAGUUAACGAUUCAUCAGAAGCUACUAAACAGUUAUGGUCAUUAGCAAAUGGUCCUAAACCGUAUGUGAAGGAGUACACAGUUUGUAUGGUCAAUGGUGUAAAGUUCCAUACAAGGGACCUAGACAAUCGUCGUGUAACCCAAAACAGUGGUUGUGAAUGGUACAAUACUGGUACCAAUGGUCGAAGGAGAAUGAUACAAACCGAUGCACACUGCACAAACAUUGAUGUUACAAGUCGAUGGGGAGUGUUUGAUGUCCCGGAAGUCGGGGGCGGAGAAUCCAAUGAUAAUACAGAAGAUAGUGACGCAUUCCAACAAGAAGCAAUUGUUGAUGUUGUCCCUAUCAAUGUUGAAGACAAUAUUAUUGAGUAUUGUAUGGGUGAUGUUGAAACUGAGAUUGUUUCUGAAGGUGGAACUUCAAGAGAUGCUAAUCAAAAUGAAGAGCAUGACAUACCUGAUGUUGAUCUUGAUAUGAAUUAUGAUAUGUAG